AUGUCUUCACAAGAUUCUCAGUUUCAAAGAACUAAUGAUACUCCAGAAAAUAAGGUAUUUCAAGAUGUGUAUGUCGCCAAUGUCUCCAAAAGUCGAAUUCCUUCGUUAUCCUCACUAUUUUUAAACAAUACCAUUGAAGAAAAGAACCAUGAGUUUAUUGGAUUCAGAAGGUUUGCUAGAACUUAUAUUCUAGGCACUGAAAGAAGCGUAAAAUCAAAGGUUACCAAGCCUAAAAGUCAACUUAACAUUACCAAUAUGACUUAUCAAAGUAAUGGCGACUACCUAAGUCAUGGUGAAUACUUGAAUGAACUACCUAAGGAGAAAAUCUAUCUAGAGAAUAAAUUAGAGCUUGCCAGAGAACAUCAAGCUAGUACUAAUAUGAGUAAAGUAAAUGUUCCUGGUGAAAUAUAUGAUUAUGAGGUUGAUCAAUUUGGUGUCCCGCAGAAGAUACCUGAUUUGACCUAUGAGGAUGAUGACAUGGAUUACAUAUCACCUUCAGAGGGUAAGAUUUCAACAACCAAUAGUUCCGAAGACAUAGAGAUGACAAAUACUGGAUGUGAUCUCAAAAAAGUGGUUCUUCGAAAUAUACCAGUUGGAACUGGAGUCAGAAGUAUUUUGUCACAAAUAUGUGGUGGUCCUUUAGAAAGCUUAAUAGUCCAAACCAAACCUGAUUCUCAUAAUGAAUUAAGCAAAGUAGAAUUGAGUUUUCUAACAUAUGAAGGAGCAUGGGCAUUUAUGAAGUAUGGUAGGACUACUCUAUUUCAAAUUAAUGGCAUUCAAUUAAAUCCUGAAUGGGGGAAAUUAUCAUCUAGUAAAAGUUUAAAUUAUGCAAAUUUGAGUAAAAGUGGUACAGGAGACUGUAAAGAUAUAUCAAGAUGUUUAAUUUUGAAAAAAUAUAUCAAUAGAAACGAUACAAGACAUGGUACCUCCAAGGAGCAUUUAAUUGAACGAUUUGAUAUUGAAGAAUUAAAAUCAGAUUUUGAAAGAUUUGGUGACAUUUUCGAUAUCACGCCAAUAGUCUCAAGAAAAUUAUGUGUUUCCAUAUCAUAUAAUCAUAUAUUAGGUGCAAUGACAGCCAUGGAUGAUUAUGAGGAUUCCCAUUCCUUAUUACACCAAAAGUAUUUUAGGACUUGGGCAAUAUGGUAUGGUAAAGAUAUCACUGACAAACCUUGUAUAGAACUCUAA